CGUACGUAUGCACGUUGGCCACACACACUCUCUCACUCGACUCGCCAUCUCUAACCUACUUAUCCACCACACGUACGGAUACUCCAUAGCAGAGGUCCUUCCUUGUGCAGCCACCGAUGCUGCUCCUGACACCCAGUCCAAGGACCAAACUGACAAAUCGCCGCAGCUGGAUCGGUCGGGCAGAAGACCUGUACUGUAGGCUGUCGCUCCGAGGCCAACACCACCUAGGUACCUACUGAUUAGAAUACACCAUCACACUCGGGGGGUUCCUUUGAUGCUGCCACUCCUUAUACCGCCUGUCCCCUUCUCCUCCUCUCAGAUUCGACCGACUACCGAUCUAGUCGAGCCACUUUAAACCUUCGCCGACAGCACCCACACCCCCGUCCCUGCCCCCCUUCGUCAUAUUUCCGCCCGCCCUGGUUGGCCUUCGACAACCCUUCUCCUUCUCUUCGAACUCUAGAACUUCGACACUUCCAUUUCACUUGCGUCCCACACACUGUUCCCUCUCUCUCCUUUUCCCUCCCUCCUCUCUUCAAAUCCACCUCGGUACCUGGAGUCCCAGAGUGUUGUCGCCCGCCUUUUGCACGACGACACCCGGCCUGCUUGUCCAUUUCAAAACAAGUCCCGCCCCCAAUCUCAGCUCAGCUGAACCAUCCCAUCCCGAUUGGCACUUACUCGGAAGCUACGAGUUUGCCAGCAGCUGGAACAAAGACCUACCCACUCUUUACCUGGCGAAUCCCGACGACGCCUGGACGCGUUCUCAAUCCCCAACUGCCUCCUUCCCUCCACCACCAAAUCCUGCCGCCCUGCGUUGCCAAUCGACCAUAGACCAUCGCCGUCCCCUUCGCCAACUUUGACAUCAACCAUCCUCCUGUGCCACGUACCCACUAGUUUUUGCACGCCUCGGUCAUCGCAGCAUCGCCCUCGACCAGGCCGAAGCUCCAAUUCUUUACCCAGCGCUACAACCAACCCUUCUUCUCGUCCGCCGUUUCUCGCACACGACGGCAAGCACCCACUCGCCGCACCUUACUCUUUUUCUGCGAAGUCAUGAGAGGGGAUGGCCACAGUGACUGAGAGUCCGCAGAGAGCUCCUCUGCAUACCGACGGUCAUGCCGAUUUGACGUCGAACCGAAUCGUGCCCAUCCCGACCCCGACCCCGUCCAUCCAAAUGUCAGCUCCGUCUCCCGGCGACCCUAUGGAGAUCACCUCCCCCGCCAAUCCAAGUAGCACUUCGCCCUCGAGCAAGAGCAACGAUCCAGGCGCCAACGGCGCGUCUAAGAAUACCUCGCCCAUUGAACACUCCGCCAACAACUCGCUCACUAUGCCUGCUGCGCCCGCCGCCGCCGCCGCUGCCGUUCACCAACCAAAGAUCGUGCAGACGGCCUUCAUCCACAAACUGUACAGCAUGCUUGAGGACCCCAGCAUCCAGCAUCUAAUUUCGUGGUCGGCGAGCGCUGAGAGCUUCGUCAUGUCUCCGACAGCCGAUUUCUCCAAAGUACUUGCGCAAUACUUCAAACAUACCAACAUAUCCUCCUUCGUCCGGCAACUAAACAUGUACGGAUUUCACAAAGUGAGCGAUGUCUUCCACACCACAAGUCCCGAGACUGCCUUGUGGGAAUUUAAACAUGGAAAUGGCAACUUCAAGAGGGGCGACCUAGUUGGUCUUCGCGAAAUCAAACGCCGCGCUUCCCGACACGCUCUCGUCCAUCGCGAAUACCCAAACGCCAAGCCAAGCCCGUCACAGCCCGGGACACCCGCGGAACCGAUGCCGCCCCCCAACGAUGGUUCUGAUCCGCGAAUGUCUGGGCUCGAACAUACUCUAUACGAUCUCAGCAUGCGAUUGCAGAGGAGCGAGGAGAACGCUCACUACAUGCACAUCAAGCAACAGGCGGUCAUGGAAACCAUGUCGAGACUCCUUCAGUUCAACCAAGAACUUUCAAGGACGGUUCUCAGCUUAGUGCCUAGUCCUGACCAUCCAGUACACCGAGAUGUUCUAAACUUGCAGGGAGAAAUGGCAAGGCAGGCAGACAUGCUUCGGACGAUCGACGACCCCCAGGAUUCGCCAUUCGCGAACAGCCGAGCUUACUUUUCCAAUGUCGAGAAUGCACCUGUUUCUCCUCGACAGUUACCCCAAGAUGACCCCAGGCGGAGUGCAAAUCUUGCAGUCCCUCAGCCGAGGGGGCAGAAUUUCUACCGGCCUCCCGUGCCCUCGAACCUUUCCGUUAGCACGCGACGACCAUAUGGCUCAAUCGGAGGUGGCACAGCGCCCCAGGCUUCGUCUCCCUUGCGAGGGGCGCCACCUCCACCGCCCCCUGGACCACAUCCCUUGGCUCAAGUCGAACCGCCUCCUGGAAGUCUCGCAAGACGCCACACAUCUGCCGAUAUUCGUGCACACGGUUGGCAACCGAGUGCCCCGCCACCAUUCGCUUCGGGCCCUCCGUCCGGGCCCCCUUCGGGACCAUGGCCAUCGUCGCCAAGUCGGCAUGCACCGGAAGAUCAGCGCAUCAGGGAGUCUCUUUCUACUUACUCGCUGCAGAACGCAUCCCAUUCGCGGCCCAUGUCGAGGCCCACGACGCCCCCAGGCGCUCCCUUCUCGAACGGUAACAGCGGCGGGGCUGACGCUUUUGGCAACUGGUCGUGGAACUCUGCCAACCGGGACAACAAGAACUUGGCCAUUAGAGAUAGCUCAGGACCCCCCACCCGCCGCGGCAGCAUGGCGCACAUUCUCAAUCCGACCGACACGGCCGAGCGUGACGAUGAAGAUGAGGACCCUCGGGGCGACGAUGACCGGAAGCGCAAACGGAUACAGUGAGCAGGGUAAUGACCUCGUGCUCGAGUAGCUGCUUUAGCUCAAUACACGACACGCCCGCCAAAGUUGUGCCUGUACAAUCUUGUGACAAAAGAUCCGAUACUGUCGGAGUCAUUUCCUUAUCUGUAUAGAAGAAAAAAGGGGUUUGGGGCGGGCUCCGGUCAACAGAUGAUUAGCACGGAUACCUCCCCACGACCGAAUGACAAGAGCGAGACCGAAACAUACACGAAGCCAACGGCCACUAUUUAAUGCGAUCAUCUCACUGUUCAGUCGCCUAUCCAGCUGGACGGGCUAUUUGGGUUCUUUACCAAAAGCUCAACACUGUUUUCGAAUUCACGCACCAUUUCAUUGCAUGGAAGGCCGGCUUUCGUGAAGGAAACUGUUCAAUCCACCAUCGACCCUAGUACUCCAGCGUCACCAAGGCGACUUGGAAAUUCAGCAAGCAGGGAUCGCGAAUCCGCUCACACUAUCCCCUCCCGGAUGGAGACACACUACGUUAUGGUUGAAGCGCAGGACAAGGGAUACCCAACGGACAUUAGGUGGGCGGGGUUUGUCAGAUUUUACCCAAAACUGUCCAUACGGGGUUGUUAUUGUGUUGGUCAUAAAUGCAUUUUGGAUGCGAGAGGAAUGGGGUUGUUUGAAGCGUAUUCCUAUCUAACCGGUAUGGUGCUUGGCUACAAAUUACAGACAUGCGUGGCUUGCAAAUGGCCUGAGGGCAGAUGCUUCCGAAGCCUCGGCCGGGUUUAGUGUGUGUGUACAAUAUGGCAAGUGGUGAGUGGGUGUUGUCACAGUAGACCCGGCAUGAUAUCUGUUGCGCGACGUUUACCAUCGCCUACGAGCCUUUCAAGGGAUGAGGAAGACGUUCUUGGUGAGAUGAGGUUCCGGCCCGUCGGGUCAAGGGAGCCAGUCGCUUCGGACAUUGAUUCACGCACGCACGGCCUCGUCCCUGCGUUGCGGAUGUGAUCCAUCCGCUCUCUGUGUAAACACGC